AUGGAUCGUAUUGCCGUGUCUCGCUUUUCUUUUCGCCGAAAGGGAAGUUUUCGUAAAGAAAAAGACCGUGAUAAGGAUCGUGAGAAAGACGUGGAGGUACAUGUGGAUUUUGACUAUUCCACUCUUACAUAUUUAAGUCUUUUCCUAUCUAUGUAUCUAUCUAUCUCUUUUCCUAUCUAUCUAUGUAUCUAUCUCUUUUCCUAUCUAUCUAUGUAUCUAUCUCUUUUCCUAUCUAUCUAUGUAUCUAUCUCUUUUCCUAUCUAUCUAUGUAUCUAUCUCUUUUCCUAUCUAUGUAUCUAUCUCUUUUCCUAUCUAUGUAUCCAUCUCUUCCCAUCCAUCUAUGUAUCUAUCUCUUUUCCCAUCUAUGUAUCUAUCUCUUUUUCCCCAUCUAUCCAUGUAUCCAUCUCUUUUCCCAUCUAUGCAUCUAUCUAUCUCUUUUCCCAUCUAUAUAUGUAUCCAUCUCUUUUCCCAUCUAUCUAUGUAUCUAUCUCUUUUCCUAUCUAUCUAUGUAUCUAUCUAUCUCUUUUCCUAUCUAUCUAUCUAUGUAUCUAUCUCUUUUCCUAUCUAUGUAUCUAUCUAUCUCUUUUCCUAUCUAUCUAUGUAUCUAUCUCUUUUCCUAUCUAUCUAUGUAUCUAUCUCUUUUCCUAUCUAUGUAUCUAUCUAUCUCUUUUCCUCUCUAUCUAUGUAUCUAUCUCUUUUCCUAUCUAUCUAUGUAUCUAUCUCUUUUCCUAUCUAUCUAUGUAUCUAUCUCUUUUCCUAUCUAUCUAUGUAUCUAUCUCUUUUCCUAUCUAUCUAUGUAUCUAUCUCUUUUCCUAUCUAUGUAUCUAUCUAUCUCUUUUCCUAUCUAUGUAUCUAUCUAUCUCUUUUCCUAUCUAUCUAUGUAUCUAUCUCUUUUCCUAUCUAUGCAUCUAUCUCUUUCCCAUCCAUCUAUGUAUCUAUCUCUUUCCCAUCUAUGUAUCCAUCUAUCUCUUUUCCUAUCUAUGUAUCUAUCUAUCUCUUUUCCUAUCUAUGUAUCUAUCUCUUUUCCUAUCUAUCUAUGUAUCUAUCUCUUUUCCUAUCUAUAUAUGUAUCUAUCUCUUUUCCUAUCUAUAUAUGUAUCUAUCUCUUUUCCUAUCUAUCUAUGUAUCUAUCUCUUUUCCUAUCUAUCUAUGUAUCUAUCUAUCUCUUUUCCUAUCUAUCUAUGUAUCUAUCUAUCUCUUUUCCUAUCUAUCUAUGUAUCUAUCUCUUUUCCUAUCUAUCUAUGUAUCUAUCUCUUUUCCUAUCUAUCUAUGUAUCUAUCUCUUUUCCUAUCUAUCUAUGUAUCUAUCUCUUUUCCUAUCUAUGUAUCUAUCUAUCUCUUUUCCUAUCUAUGUAUCUAUCUAUCUCUUUUCCUAUCUAUGUAUCUAUCUAUCUCUUUUCCUAUCUAUCUAUGUAUCUAUCUCUUUUCCCAUCUAUCUAUGUAUCUAUCUCUUUCCCAUCUAUGUAUCCAUCUAUCUCUUUUCCCAUCUAUCUAUGUAUCUCAUCUUUUCCCAUCUAUCUAUGUAUCUAUCUCUUUUCCCAUCUAUCUAUGUAUCUAUCUCUUUUCCAUCUAUCUAUGUAUCUAUCUCUUUUCCAUCCAUCUAUCUAUCUAUCUCUUUUCCCAUCUAUCUAUGUAUCUAUCUCUUUUCCUAUCUAUCUAUGUAUCUAUCUCUUUUCCUAUCUAUCUAUGUAUCUAUCUCUUUUCCUAUCUAUGUAUCUAUCUCUUUUCCUAUCUAUGUAUCUAUCUAUCUCUUUUCCUAUCUAUCUAUGUAUCUAUCUCUUUUCCUAUCUAUCUCAGUCUAUUCAUUAUCUAAGUGUCUAUCUAUCUCAUUUUUUUCUCACCUUCUUACCUUCAAUUUUUACUACUACACACCCUUAUUUCCCCUCUUCCUUUCUCUAACAUUCUUAUCUCCUCCUUUUCCUCCUUCAUGCCCUUAUUUCCCCUCUUCCUUUCUCCAGCAUUCUUAUCUCCUCCUUUUCCUCAUUCAUUUCCCUUAUUUCCCAGCAUCUUCCUUUCUCCAUUUCAUUCUUAUUAUCUCUCCUUUUCCUCAUUCAUGCCCUUAUUUCCCCUCUUCCUUUCUCCAGCAUUCUUAUCUCCUCCUUUUCCUCAUUCAUGCCCUUAUUUCCCCUCUUCCUUUCUCCAGCAUUCUUAUCUCCUCCUUUUCCUCAUUCAUGCCCUUAUUUCCCCUCUUCCUUUCUCCAGCAUUUUUAUUUCAUACCUCUCCUUCUUCAGUUAUUUUUUCACUACUCCUUUCUCUUUUUUUACUUCCUACAUUUCUUCAUUUUCCCCUCCUCCUUUCUCUAGCAUUCUUACCUCUUUCUUUUCCUCGUUCACACCCUCAGUUCCCCUCCUCCUUUUUCUAG